AUCUAAUCAAUUACCCCAUGUGAUUUUCAAAGACAGGCCAUGACACCAUGCCCCCACACCCCAUGUGACCCUUUUAUGUGCCUGCUCUCCCCCACUCCAAAUAACUUCACCAUUCUCCAUCCUCCCCAUCAUUCUCUCUUGACCUCUUUUGUGAAAUCCAAAUGGGAAAACUCCUAGGAUUCCUACUGCUCUUCUCAAGCCUCUGCAUCGGUUUUGUGUCUGCAGAUUGGAACAUAUUGAACCAGAAAAGGAAAAAUGGGGUGGGAUCUAGCUUGAAGAACUAUUGUGAGAGUUGGAGGAUCAAUGUUGAACUAAACAACAUUAGGGGAUUCGAAGUUGUGCCCGAAGAAUGCGUUGAGUACAUCAAGAAAUAUAUGACAUCUUCGCAAUACAAAGCUGACUCCGAGAGAGCGAUUGAGGAGGUCAUUCUUUACCUAAGCCAUUGUUGCACCUUGAAGGGCGACGGUAAAGAUGGAUGGAUUUUUGAUGUUGAUGAUACGCUUCUGUCCACCGUACCUUACUACAAGAAACAUGGCUUUGGGGGAAGGAAGCUGAAUGCAACCUCUUUGGAAGCAUGGAUGGGAGAGAGUAAGGCACCAGCACUUGAGCACGCAUUCAAGCUCUUCCACGAGAUCAAAGACAGAGGUCUUAAGAUCUUUUUGAUUUCUUCAAGAAAGGAAACACUAAGAUCUCCCACUGUUGAUAACCUCAUCAAGGCUGGUUAUCAUGGGUGGACGAAUCUGGUACUAAGGGGUCUUGAAGAUGAGUUUAUGGAAGUGCAAAGAUACAAAUCCAAGGCGAGGCAGCAUUUGACUAAUCAAGGAUACCGCAUAUGGGGCAUUAUCGGAGAUCAAUGGAGCAGUUUUGAGGGGCCUCCCACAGCAAAAAGAACAUUCAAACUACCCAAUUCCAUCUACUAUCUUGCAUAAGUCUCAAGCUAUAAGAGCCAUGUUCAUUUGAAGUGCAAGCUACUGUUUUUCUUCUAGAUUGCCCCUCACAGAGUUAUAUCUCCACCCGAUCUUGCACCUUCAUCUUUGUUCAAGUCCAUGAUUAUGAAAUAUCAUCGACAUCUAAAAAAAAUCCAAUGCUUUGUGUACUGAGAUUUUACCUUAAACCUAAUACCAUAUUGUUCAAA